AGCUCCUUGAUCAAUAUAACAUUACACAAUAAUUUGAUAAAUGAUUCUCUUUUCCUAAUGGAUACCAAUUAAAAAAGUGCUCACUGUUAGACAGACAAUACUAGCGAUACUAUCGUUCCUCGACGAUCUAUCAUGGCUUCCAGCCAGAGGACUAUAGAGUUCACGAUAAAUGGACAACCUUACACCGUGACGGAAGAUGUUCCGCCUAGGACGCCUCUCAACACUUUCAUACGGGAGUAUGCGAAACUGCCGGGAACCAAGGCGAUGUGCUUGGAGGGCGGAUGCGGUGCUUGCAUCGUGUCCGCCGAGGUCACAGGCAAGACAAUGUCCGUAAAUUCUUGCCUCGUCCCGAUCCUGAUUUGCAACGGUUGGGCGAUUACCACGAUCGAAGGAUUGGGUAACAAGAAGGACGGAUACCACACUCUGCAAGCGGCGCUCGCUGGGAAGAACGGUUCCCAGUGCGGCUAUUGUUCGCCGGGUAUGGUAAUGAACAUGUACAGUCUCAUUCACGAUAAAAACCAGACUAUGAAGGAAAUAGAAAAUUCGUUCGGUAGCAACAUAUGUCGUUGCACCGGUUACAGACCGAUUCUGGAAGCGUUUAAAGCUUACGCCAUCGAUGCUCCGAAGAAUCUCGUUCAAGACAUUCAUGAUAUCGAGGAAUUGUUCGAUGUAAAAACUUGUAAAAGAAUCGGUCAGAUCUGCCGAAAGAAUUGUCACGCGUCCGAGGAGACAGCCGAGUGCGACAUCGAGAUGUGCGUGGGCAGUUCUCAAUUUCGCAAAGUUCGAUCGGUACAAGAAGUGUUCACCGUAUUCCAAAACAAUCCCACCGCGAGUUACAUCAUACACGGUGGCAAUACCGCUCAAGGCGUAUAUCGAUUGGAAUAUACACCAGACAUUUCGAUCGACGUAAACGAUGUACCGGAUCUACACAAGGUUGACAAGGACGACGACUCUUUGACGCUCGGUGCCAACUGUUCCCUUAACGUGGCCAUGAACACUUUUGAGAAAUAUUCGAAGGAUAAAAAUUUCGAGUACUUGCAGCAUCUCGCUAAACACAUCGAUCUAAUCGCCGGUGUUCCCGUGAGGAACAUCGGGUCAAUGGCCGGGAACUUGAUGACCAAAUACGCGCAUCACGAAUUUCCAUCCGAUCUCUUUCUGAUACUAGAAACCGCCGGGGCCCAGCUGCACAUAGUGGAAGCUAGUGGUAACAAGUCAUCCAUGAACUUCUUCGAGUUCCUCAACUUCGACAUGAAGCACAAGCUUCUAUACAGCGUGGUGCUACCGGCGCUUAGCAAGGAAUACGAGUACAGGUCUUACAAGGUAAUGCCAAGAGCUCAAAACGCUCACGCUCACGUAAACGCUGGAUUCUUCUUUAAACUGGACGGGACAGGAAAAGUUCUGCAGAAGCCGAACAUCAUAAUGGGCGGAAUAAACAAAGACUUUCUGCACGCGUCGAACACUGAAGAAUUUCUAGUGGGAAAAUCUAUCUACGAUAAGGACGUUAUCAGAGAAGCGUUGAACAAGCUGGACGCGGAACUCCGUCCUGACCAUGUCCUACCCGAUUAUUCACCGGAGUUUAGGAAGCUUCUCGCGGAGGGACUCUUCUACAAGUUUAUUCUGAGCGUGAAACCGGAGAACACGAACGAAAGACAGCGCAGCGGUGCAACAAUUUUGGAACGUGGCUUGUCCUGGGGGAAACAUGAGUUCCAAACAGAUAAGAGUCUGUGGCCUGUGACCGAGCCUUUACCAAAGAUAGAAUCUAUACAUCAGACUUCCGGCGAGGCGCAAUAUGUAAACGACUUACCACCGAUAGAUCGCGAAGUUUACUGCGCUUUUGUUCUAACUACGGUAGCCAAUGGAAAAGUGGAGAAUAUCGACACUUCCGAGGCAAUGAAAAUGGACGGCGUGAUAGCGUUUUACACGGCGAAAGAUAUUCCCGGACAAAACCUGUUUAUACCUCAAUCCGCCAAGCUACCAUUCGUGCCCAACGACGAAGUGCUGUUCGUGGAUAAGGAGAUCGAAUACGCCGGGCAACCCAUCGGAGUGAUCGCCGCCACAACUUUUGAUCUUGCCAACAGAGCAGCGAGCAAAGUACGCGUUACCUACUCCGAUUUCGUGCCCAAGAAAAUGCUUCUCUCGAUCGAGGACGUGAUCGCUUCGAAAGAUGAAUCCAGACUUUUACGGUCAGCCGACGAGCCCGCGAAAACUAAAGGCAACGAUGUGAAACACGUCGUAGAAGGGGUGUUCAGGUGCGGCGGUCAAUAUCAUUUUACUAUGGAGACUCAGUGUUGCGUUUGCAUACCGGUAGAAGAUGGGAUCGACGUAUAUUCGGCGACACAAUGGAUCGAUCUCAUGCAAAUAUCUAUAGCCAACUGCCUUAAUGUAAAAAACAAUAGCCUCAACAUUGUCGUGAGGAGACUCGGCGGUGGCUAUGGUGCUAAAAUGACGCGUGCGGCGCAGAUCGCCGCUGCUUGCGCACUGGUUUCUCAUCUCCUGAAUCGGCCAGCUAGAUUCGUCAUGACGAUCGAAGCUAACAUGUCGUCGAUUGGAAAGCGACGCGACACUCGUCAGGAGUACAAGAUCGGCGUGAACGACGACGGACGCAUUCAGUACUUGAAUUCGACAUACUGGGGCAACGGUGGCUCCAGUUUUAACGAAAUGCAAGGUCCAACCGUGAUAAACGCCAUGCAGAAUUGCUAUGAUUCGUCGACUUGGUCCCGUCUUGGCUACGAAGUCAAAACUGAUUUGCCUUCCAACACUUAUUGCCGAGCUCCAGGAACUACGGAGGGCUGCGCUAUAGCGGAAAAUAUGAUGGAACACAUAGCGAAAGUUGUGGGAAAGGAUCCUUUGCAAGUCAGAUACGCUAAUAUGCUCGACGAACAUAAACAAGUGUUGCAGCCCAUGAUGGAAGACUUGAUGAAAUACGCGGAUUACGACACGAGGAAGAGAGCUGUGGAAACGUUUAACAAUGAAAAUCGAUGGAAGAAGAAGGGAAUAUCCUUGAUGUUCAUGCAAUAUCCAUUGGUGCGUGUCACAUCAUUCUAUGCGCAUGUCUCGGUCUAUGCUCGCGACGGCACGGUGUCCGUCACUCACGGAGGAAUCGAAUGUGGCCAAGGAAUCAAUACGAAAGUAGCUCAAAUAGCAGCGCACACGUUGGGCAUCGAUUUAUCGUUGGUCACCGUUAAACCGACCAACAAUCUAACUGCCCCAAAUAAUUCUGACAGUGGUGGCAGCGUGACGAGCGAAAGUUGUGCAUAUGCGACCCUGCAAGCUUGCAAAGUGUUGUUGGAAAGACUAGAGCCGAUCAGGCAACAACUGGGAGGAAAUCCUUCGUGGCGGGAACUGCUGAUGACCGCUUACGAUAAAUAUGUUGAUCUCUGCGCGCGUUGGAUGUAUACGCCGAACGAUAAAAGCUUCAAGACGUAUUCGAUAUACGGUGUAGCUAUAACCGAGGUCCAAAUAGAUGUGCUGACUGGACAACACGUUGUCGAGAGAGUGGAUAUAUUGGAGGAUUGCGGCAGGAGCAUAAAUCCGGACGUGGACUUGGGACAAGUGGAAGGAUCUUUCAUAAUGGGGAUGGGUUUCUGGACUAUCGAAGACCUGAUUUACGACCCGUCGACUGGCCAAUUGACCAACAAUAGGACAUGGAAUUAUAAACCACCCGGUGCCAAGGAUAUCCCAGUCGAUUUCCGCGUUUACUUCCGUCAGAAUGCUCCUAACAACGCCACCGUUCUUCGCUCGAAAGCCACCGGAGAACCACCAUUAUGUUUGAGUUACACGGUACCGAUCGCAAUUCGUUAUGCGCUCGAUUCAGCGAGAAAAGAUGCAGGAAACAAUGAUCCUUGGUAUCAAUUAGAUGCCCCUCUUACCACGGAGAAAAUCCUGUUGAGCAGUUUGACCAGCAAGGAGCAAAUGGUGUAUUGAAGUGCAUUUCUAACGCGAGGCAUAAUAUGAAAGAAAGAGAACGAGAGCUUGCGAGAGAGAGAGAGAGAGAGAGAGAGAGAGAGAGAGAGAGAGAGAGAGAGAGAUUGAGGUAGCAAACUAGACAUUUUUCUGAAUCACCCGAUGAGAGUAUUCUGUAGUAUGCCAUAUAUUAUAUAAAUCUCGUUUAUUCCGUUGUAACUUCUGUCGGAACGCGUCCCUCUUUAAGCGUAAUAGGUAUAUAGUCACGUUCGCACGUGGGCGAAAACGAAUAUGCAAAACGGAAGAUGUACACCUGAGCAAACAAAUAAUAUUAGUUGAGACGCUAUUAUUUACGAUUUAUUUGUAUUAAUUAAUUGUCACUGAAUAUCAUUACGCUCUACGAAUGCGUUAUAAACGAUUAUUAUGUAACACAUGAAUAGCGUUUUAUAGAGUAUUUAGUGAAAUUACAGGAUGUAUCUGGCCUUCCUUGAAAGCACAUAAACGAACCGUGGUUUGAAAA